ACCUGGCCCCUCCUAUUCUAAUGUAUAACUAGUCUCAGAAAGCUGGAGAAGGACAGUCAGAAGCUGGCCACUGCAUCUGCCACUCUAGACCUGGAAUUAAGAGGAGGACUCCGGCCCAUAAAAUGACAGAAGAUAAGGUCACCGGGACCUUGGUUUUGGCUGUCUUCACUGCUGUGCUGAGUUCCUUCCAGUUUGGAUAUGACAUUGGUGUGAUCAAUGCACCUCAACAGGUAAUUAUAACCCACUAUAAACAUGUUCUGGGUGUUUCACUGGAUGACCGAAUAGCCAUCAACAACUACGCUCUCAACAGUACAGAGGAAUUGCCCACAAGCCUAGGAGAUCCAACGCCAGUCUCUUGGGCUGAGGAAGAGACUAUGACAUCAGCUAGCCUCAUCACCAUGUUCUGGUCCCUGUCUGUGUCCAGCUUUGCAGUUGGUGGAAUGAUUGCAUCGUUCUUUGGAGGGUUGCUUGGGGACAAGCUUGGAAGAAUCAAAGCCCUGUUGGUAGCAAACAUUCUUUCAUUAGUUGGAGCUAUCUUGAUGGGGUUUUCGAAAUUGGGACCAUCUCACAUUCUUAUAAUUUCAGGAAGAGGCAUAUCAGGACUCUACUGUGGGCUAAUUUCAGGCUUGAUUCCAAUGUACAUUGGUGAAAUUGCUCCAACCACACUCAGGGGCGCUAUCGGUGCUCUUCAUCAGCUGGCCAUUGUCACGGGCAUUCUUAUUAGUCAGAUCGUUGGCCUUGACUUUAUCCUGGGCAAUCACGAGCUAUGGCACAUCCUGCUUGGCUUGUCUGCUGUGCCAGCCAUUCUCCAAUGUCUGCUGCUCUUCUUCUGUCCAGAAAGCCCCAGAUACCUUUACAUCAAGCUGGAUGAGGAAGCCAAGGCAAAGAAAAGCUUGAAAAGACUCAGAGGAAGUGAUGAUGUCACCAAAGACAUCACUGAGAUGAGAAAAGAGAGGGAAGAAGCAUCAAAUGAAAAGAAAGUCUCCAUAAUUCAGCUCUUCACCAAUGCCAGCUACCGACAGCCUAUUCUAGUGGCAUUGAUGCUGCACGCGGCUCAGCAAUUUUCUGGAAUCAAUGGGAUAUUUUACUACUCAACCAGCAUUUUCCAGACAGCUGGAAUCAGCCAACCUGUUUAUGCAACCAUUGGAGUUGGUGCUGCCAACACAGUUUUCACUGCUGUCUCUGUGUUCCUUGUGGAGAAGGCAGGGCGACGCUCUCUGUUCCUAAUUGGAAUGAGUGGAAUGUUUGUUUGUGCCAUCUUCAUGUCGGUGGGACUUGUGCUCCUGAGUAAAUUCCCUUGGAUGAAUUACGUGAGCAUGACAGCCAUCUUCCUCUUUGUGUGUUUUUUUGAAAUUGGGCCAGGCCCCAUCCCCUGGUUCAUGGUGGCUGAGUUUUUCAGUCAAGGACCACGCCCUGCUGCUUUAGCAAUAGCUGCGUUCAGCAACUGGACAGGCAAUUUCAUUAUAGCUCUGUGUUUCCAGUACAUUGCAGACUUCUGUGGACCUUAUGUGUUUUUCCUUUUUGCUGGUGUGGUCUUGGCCUUUAUUCUGUUCACAUUUUUUAAAGUUCCAGAAACCAAAGGAAAAUCCUUUGAGGAAAUCGCAGCAGAGUUCCGAAAGAAGAGGGGUUCAGCUGAAACGCCAAAAGCUGCUGUAGAAAUGGAAUUCCUCGGACCAACAGAAACCUUGUAAAGAUAACCUGCUUUUUGACAUGAACAAUAACAGGAAGAAAGCAGUGUUUUUUAAUGACACUUUUUUGAGAAUUUUAUAUCUGUAUCUUGAAGUAUUGUUUUAUUUUUUAUAGAGACUUUAUAGGCUCUGAUCAGAAGUAUCAUCAAAUAUUACAAAAAAGUAUUUUUUCUUUUAACUUAGAGAAUCUAUAUUGGGUGGUAAGACUAUAAGAAAACCAAAAAAUCUAGCUCAUUUUGUUACACUAACUGGCAAGUACAUUUAGUACCAAAAAUAAAUUUUUUUUGUUACUUUGAUGACCAAAUGGUUUUUGUAAAAUUAAACACUAAACGGCUUGGUCA